AUGGAGGGUCGUCGCCCGGCGACACUGGGCGUCUCAAUCACCUUCUUCAUCCUCGCCAGUAUCUUCGUCGCGCUCCGGUUCAUUUCGCGCAUAUUCGUGGUCAGGAAAAUUGGGUUACACGACUGGUUGAUGUUGGUCGCAUGGAUUAUCGAUUUUGGCUUUUCGUUUUCGCUCUUCUUCUCCGUGCAGAAAGGUCUCGGCCUCCAUUCGAAUCAGAUCAGACCGGAGGAUGAAAUCGCUUUUAACAAGGCCAACUAUGCGUUUACCGUUCUCUACAACCCGGCUUUAAUGGCCGUCAAAACCUCGAUCCUUGUCUUCUACCUGACCUUGACACGAAACCAGAAAGUCUUUCGAUGGGCGAACUUUGUCACCCUGGGAGUUGUAAAUGCUGCGGGCCUCGCAUUGACGUUUAUCAAUGUGUUCCAAUGUACUCCUCUCAACGCCGUGUUUCUUUCCGACGUCCCGCCCAACGCGCAUUGCACCGACAUUGUCACUUUGUACCUCUCUUCCUCCCCGGUAAAUAUUAUCACCGAUCUCGCCAUUCUCUUCCUUCCGAUGCCGCUCCUGACGAAAAUGCGCCUUCCCUUCAAACAAAAAGUCAUUUUGGUCAUCACUUUUUCCUUUGGCUUCUUCGUGGCCGUGGUCGAUGUUAUUCGAAUUGCUUUUCUCCAACGAGCUGCCAUUUCUCGCUCGCUUGAAGUCAAAUCUAUUCAUAUUCAGAAUUAUGGAGGGGUGGACUUCAGCUGGUACGCGUCACUCUCUUUCAUGUGGUCAGUUGUUGAAGUCAACGUCUCGAUAAUUUGCGGUUGCGUCCCAAGCCUCAAGCCUCUUGUGACUCGUCUUGUGCCGAAGUUGAUCAAAGGCACCAAUGAUACCUCUAAUGGCACGCAAAAUGGACCCUUUGCAAACGGAGAAACACCGAUUGCAGUGCCAUCGCCUGCUGCAGCACCAGGGGAUCUAGGACUGCCAUCGCCUUCCCCAACUGGGAGCGAAGCUAAAGCAACUCGCAACGGUAGCGUCUUUGCGCAUCGGCACAGCUCUCGCAGCUCCAAUGAACCAAUGGACAUAUUGGACUUCUUGGGUCAUCCUGAAACAGCAGCGACGCUAGACACAGAAGCAAAUACCAACACUAGCACAUCGUACCCGCCUGAUAUCACAUUCUUUGACUUUGUCAACAUGAAGAAUCCCGAAAGUAUGCUCAAGCUGAAUAAUCGAGAGUCAAUUGCUCCGAUUGCCUUGACUACACUCCUAUUCUUCCUUUGGGGCUUCGCAUAUGGAUUACUUGAUAUCCUGAAUACUCAAUUCCAGACUAUCGUGCACUUAGGACCAUGGUCGUCAUUGGGACUUCACGGUGCCUAUUUUGGUGGAUACUUACUUGGUCCUCUCUUGGUUGGUGGGCCUGUAUUGAGAACCUGGGGAUUCAAGUCCACUUUCAUGACCGGCCUGUGCAUCUAUGCCUGUGGAACACUAAUUUUUUGGCCAUCGGCUGUUCUCACAUCGACGCCUGCGUUCAUUACGUCGAAUUUUAUCGUCGGGUUUGGCCUGGCGGUCUUGGAAACAGCGGCGAAUCCGUUCAUUGCACUUUGUGGACCGCUUGAAAAUUCAGAGAUCCGACUUAAUAUUUCACAGGGUGUUCAAGCCAUUGGAAGUGUCUUAUCACCCCUUUUGGCCAAAAGAGUUCUCUUCAAAAACGUCCAAGAUGUUGCAUCUUUAGUCGAUGUACAAUGGGCUUAUCUCGGCAUCGCCCUAUUCGAUGUGCUGUUAGCAGUGGCAUUCUGCUAUCUGCCGGUCCCCGAAGCCUCGGAUGAAGAUCUGAAAGAAUUGGCAAACAGACGCCGAGAAGACAACAUGGCCAAGGUAGUCGGGAUCCCAGUCGUUUGGCUAACACUGGGCCUGGGCAUCUGGUCCCAAUUUUUCUACGUGGCUGGACAAGAAGUAUUUUCAACAACACUUGGACGCUUCGUCGAAGCAGUACACCCAGAUUCUUCUCUAACUCCUUUCGACUUCCUCACAAUCGGGCACAGCGUCUUUGCCGUCGGUCGCUUCCUCGCUGCCUUUGCGCAGUGGUUCCUUAAACCACGCUGGAUUCUCAUGGUCAACUAUAUCGGCAUGAUUGUCUGUGCCGUCCUCUGCAUGAAGUUAAACGGCUCAGCAGCAAUUGUCAUGGCAAUGCUAGUCUACCUCUUCGAAAGCGGUACAUUCAGCAUCAUAUUUGCCAUUUCAUUGCGCGGCACGGGCCAGCACACAAAAACAGCCGCUAUGAUGUUAUCCAUGGCAAUUAGCGGCGGAACCUUCUUCCCCUUCGCAAACUACGCAGCCUAUCUAAACAAAGGCGAAGCCUAUUCUUUCUGUGUCCUCGUGGCACUUUUCGCCGCCGGUGCCAUCUUCCCCAUCUACCUCAACUUUGUACCUGCCGUGAAGAAACAAGUCGACCCCGUCCCGAACGAGUACCUCCGCCGCCAUCGUCGCCGAUCACGCGCCCAUCCCCGCUCAAUACCCCGUGAGAAAGAGAAUCCUUCUCUAGGUGGCGUGUUUUCCCGUCCUCGCAGCCUGGUCUCGGAUCCCGAUCACCUACCUGAUCUCCCUCUCCCCGAGGAAAUCCACCGAACCUCUCUCGCAAACGACCUGCACGGCACAAAAUCCAACUCGAGUUCGAAUUCGACGUCGAGGAUCUCAGAUACCAAUCAAAGACUCUCGACCCGAAGCAAUGAUUCAUGA